CGAGUGUUUUUCCUGAAGCGCAUGGAUGCAGUGGAGGGCAGAGGAAGGAAGAGAUGACGUUACGCGGGCUGUGCGCGCGUGUGGGCGGGAGCGAACAUGUCAGCGUGCAGUGAGAGCACAGGACAAACCUGGAACCAUACAAGCCACUGAUAACUGGACUCAUUAUAGCUGUAGUACUUAUGUCAGCGGGCGAAAACACUUUUAAUUUAUUUUAAAGUUUGUGGCGGUUUUUUAGCGGUUGGCUGUGCGUUUUCAAGAGUCCACGCCGCAGCCUCCGCCGAAGCCCUGCUGCCUUCUUUUCCUGGAUGUGACAGAAAUUAUCAGCGGCACAUUUUGCAUCAGCUGUGAGUUGGACACUUGGACAUCGAGAUCCAGCAGGAUGUAGCCAUAACUGCCACCGUGUUGAUAAUGAGCCUGUUCAGUGAAGCAGAGCGAAGGAGCAGCUUCUGACUCUGGUCUGUUCCCCACAAACCUACCACCUCUAUGUCUGCCCCGCUCAGGCAGACGGGCUGCUAUGUCAUCCACCACUCCCCCUGGGGCCCAACCCUCUAAAAAGGGCCGGAAGCCAGACAAACCCGAGGUGAUGGCUGACCCGGCUCCAGCCACCAACGAGGAGCUGAAGUCCAAGCUCUUGGAUGUGCAGGUCGAACUGCAGCAAGAGAGAGCCAAGGUUUGUAAGCUCCGUGAGCGUCUCCAGGAACAGCGUCAGGCUCGAGAGCUUGAACAACACAAACACUCUGUGGCCAUCACAGACCUGAGGGCCAAACUCCACGAAGAGAAACUCCGAGACGUGGGUGCUGCUCGAGAAGCUUUAGCCCGACAACAUGAGGUGGAGCUGGCCCGCGCCAUCAAGAUCCGAGACACGGAGGUCCAGAGGUUGCAGGGCCUGGUCAACGCGCUGAGGGACGGAGCGGCUGACAAACUCAAAAAUGCACUGCUCGGAGAGGCACGAGAGGAGGCCAGGAGGGCGUUUGACGGGGAAAGACUCAAGCUGCAACAAGAGAUCCAGGAGCAGAAGACAGGCCGAAAGCAGGCUGAGGAGGCCCUGGCUAACGCUCUCCAGGCAGAUAAAGCCAAAGCUGCAGACCUGCGCACGGCUUAUCAACAGCACCAAGAUGAAGUGCACCGCAUCAAACGAGACUGUGAGAGGGACAUCCGCAGACUGAUGGAUGAGUUGAAAGCCAAGGAUCGUGUGGUGUGUGCCUUGGAGAGGGAGUUGGGAGCGCAGGCUGGAUAUGCUCAAAAACUACAGCUACAGAAAGAGGCACUGGACGAGCAGCUGGGGCAGGUCCGGGAGGCUGAGAAGUUCAACCAUGGCAGCCCCAAAAGAGAAGUGGUGCCUGGGCUUGGAGAUAACUCAGAACUGCAGUACAACCAGGAGGUGGACGAGCGUGACAUGAGGAGGUUCCAGUUGAAAAUUGCUGAACUUCAUGGGAUGAUCCGGAAACUUGAAGACAGAAAUGCACUACUGGCCGAUGAGAGAAAUGAACUGCUAAAGCGGGUGAGGGAGGCAGAGAGCCAGAUGAAACCCAUGUUUGAGAAGAACAAGCGUUUGUCCAAGAAGAAUGAUGACCUCCUACAAACUCUGCAGCGAAUGGAGGAGAAACUCAAGAACCUGAGCCGCGAUAAUGCUGAGAUGAAAGAGAAAGCUGCCUCCUCUCGUCCCCCAUCACAACAACAGCCUCAUCAGUCCCAGUUAAAGCGGCGGAGCUCUCUGACAGACCUGAGCCACGCCCACGAGGAACAGGAAGUGGAGUUCCUCAAACUGCAGGUCGUCGAGCAACGCGGCAUCAUUGAUGAACUCACACAGGAACGUGACAGAUUGGCCAUGACUAUAAAAACCAAGCGGAGACAAGUGAAGAUGCCUAAAAGGCAUGUUGUGGAGACAUAUUUUGGAUUUGAUGAGGAGUCGAUUGAUUCAGAAACAUCGUCGCUUGUUUCAUUUAACACCGACCUGACAGACCGCACGCCUGCCACUCCGGAGGAAGAUUUGGAAGAGAAUAUUUCUCGUGAGGAGUCAGAGCUUCGUUUUCGACAGCUGACCAGAGAGUACCAGGCGCUGCAACGGGCCUACGCUCUACUACAGGAACAGACUGGUGGGACACUGGAUGCUGAACGGGAGGCCAGGACCCGAGAGCAGAUGCAAGCAGAGCUGAGCAGCUGCCAGGCGAAGAUUGUGGACCUGGAGAAGGCCCUGUCGGAGCGGGGGCAGGAUUCAAAAUGGGUUGAAGAGAAGCAGUACUUGCUUAGGACCAAUCAGGAUCUUCAUGAAAAGAUUUGUGCACUGCAGCAGGUGGAGAAGCGACUAGAAGCUGAGGUCCAGGACGCUCGGGACCAAAAUGAGCUGCUGGAGUUCAGAGUUCUUGAACUAGAAGUAAGAGACUGUAAUACCAUCAUAGUGUCACCAGGAGGCGACAACAACAACCUCAGCUCCAGAAUCAAGACCUAUUUACAGUGAUCCAUAGACUGCCUGGAUUGUUUCAUUGAACACACAAAAAACGACACUGUAUCCAUAUGACUGUUGUUUAUAGUUUUGCAUGGCAGCUGUUGGCCCCAUCCGUGAACUGGAAUCAUUUUGAAUGCAUGAAUGUUGAUGUAUUUUACUUGAAUAAACCAUAUUUAAGUACUUUCAUUUUCAUCUUUGCUCAUUUUGUAUCCCAUUUGCACGCAUGUUUUACUUUAUUUGUAUUGUGUAAAUCAUCAGUGUUGUAUAUUACUGAGGUAUAAUAUUUAUAAUGUGAAUAAAUGAUUAUUGUUAUUAUAUCUGA